AUGUCUCCCAGAUUACGUCCAUUACGACUGCCAGCCCUGGUAGCUGAGCGUAAGAAGCUAGAGGAGUCGCAGUAUGAUAUGGAUAGUGAGACAAUUCACGAUUUCGACAUGGAUAUGUGCUCUAAUGUCAUGUCACCUGUAACUCCUACAUUCGUGCGCGGCCACCUUCGGUAUUCUAGCUCAAUGUCCUCGUUUGAGCUCUCAACGCCUGCUAGCUCCGAGCCCCCAUCUUCUCCUGCUCAGGUUUCCGGUAAAGCAGGUUCUCACAUCCUCCCCGAUGUCCAAGAAGAGCCCUUCGAGUACCAUCGUGACUCGUUUGACGACCUAGAUGCGCUGGAGAAUGGCGAGUUUGAAGAUCUUUACAGUUGCCUCUGCGCCGAGCCGUGCGUUCACACAGACAGUGGUGCUCGGAGCUCGUCGGGCUUCUACUCUCGAGGUGACAGCGGAUUUGACUAUGGCUUCCUUAGUGACAGCGACCUGAACAUGACUUUGAAGUCCUCGAGAAAGCCGCGCAGCGGUGCCGAGUCUCCGCUCAGUGGAAUCACGCACCGCAUUGGUUCUAAAUUCACCGGCAUCACGCAAUGGAGGAAGAGGGGCACCAGCGUGACGCAGUCUCCUGUAUCCGAGUAUGGCUUCGAUUCGCGAUCAGCGCUAUCCAGAGCCGACUCGAGUAGGUCGUCUUCGAUAUCCGCCUCAGUACGCUAUUAUCCGGAACGAAGCGGCGAACCAGCCUUGCCGCCCACUCCCGCCCUAUCUUUCUACGAGAGCAGCGACAGCAUCGCUCUUCCAGCCCCGCAUGAGCUUGAGAAGGCCCUCAACAUCAACCCUGCAGACAUCGAGCGCGAUCGUGCUCUCUCAACGACGCCACUCCUGCCACCCUUCAUGAAUGACAUUUCUACUGGUGUCAGCACUGCACAAGCAUCUCCUCUGGCCUCCCCCAAGGUUGCUUCUUCGCCAGUCCUGGAACCAAUCUCGCCAUUGGUAAUGUCUCCGCCACUGAGCUCGAGACCCUCGGUCUCUUCUUUCCACCGCCUUACCUUGUCCGGAGAGCUACCAGGCAUGCCGGAAGAAGAUGAAACUUGGUGCAACCUCCUGGGUCACGCAAACUAUACCAUCCUGCCAUUGCCGUACAAGCCUGCCCUGGUCAACCUGGACACGUUGUACCAGCUUCGCACUGAUUGGGCCACUGCACGAUGCAAUUACACCAAGCACUUGGCUCGUACCGGCGAACACUAUGGCCUAACCUCCAAGACCUAUAGCCUUACUGAGCAGAAGUGGGCUGAGACGCAAGCUCAAUGGCGCCGCAACCACGAUGGGGUUGCUGCUUUCAUCAUCGCCAGUGGAGCAGCAGACUCUCUGCCCAAGUUCGAUGACGAUAUCGCUUCUGCUGUCCCCCACAUGGAUACAGAGGGUAAAUUUCCUGAAAGGGGCGACGAGGAUAUCGUCGGACCCAUGGUUCGCGAGGCCAGCAUGUACGUUCCUGGUGAUGCCAUGGACAGAAAAAAUGCCAACUUUUGGCGCAAUCUCGCUGGUCGAGUUGGCUUACGAAAGUGA